UGGAAACGGGGGUUAAGAGGGUUGGGGGGACAAGGAGCGUUUUUCCAUCUGACAUAGAGCUGACCCUUGGAGGCUCAGACGCUCCAGUGGCUGCCACAGGAGACCCGACAGCUGGACAUUUCAUCCAGGCGUCCUGUGAGAGGUGAACACGUCCUGGGUCUGCAGCCAGGUGAACAAUCAGAAUAAUGUUCUACAUAAACCUGUUGGAGAACCUGAAGGUUUACAUCAGCAGCCGACCUCCGCUCGUGGUCUUUAUGAUCAGUGUCAGUGCUAUGGCAAUAGCUUUCCUGACACUGGGUUAUUUCUUCAAAAUCAAGGAGAUCAAGUCACCAGAAAUGACAGAGGACUGGAAUACUUUCCUCCUGAGGUUUAAUGAUUUGGACUUCUGUAUAUCUGAGAAUGAAACCUUGAAGCAUCUCAUCAAUGAUACCACAACUCCAGAGAGCACCGUGACCAGUGGACAGGCGAGAUCUUCCACACAGUCCCCACAGACUCUGGAGGACUCUGGUCCAAUAAACAUCUCAGUUACCAUCACACUGACCCUGGACCCACUCAGACCAUUUGGAGGAUAUUCUCGCAAUGUCACACAUCUGAGCUCCACAAUUUUUGGGCACCAAAUUGGACUUUCAGGCAGAGAAUCCCAUGAGGAAAUAAAUAUUACAUUCACCCUGCCAGCUGCCUGGAAUUCAGAUGACUGUGUUCUUCAUGGCCACUGCGAGCAGGUCGUGUUCACAACCUGCAUGACUGUGACAGCAGCCAGCAAUGUAUUUCCUGUCACAGUUCAGCCACCACAUUGUGUUCCUGAAACAUACAGCAAUGCUACCCUGUGGUACAAGAUCUUCACCACAGCCAGGGACUCUAACACCAAAUAUGCACAAGAUUAUAACCCCUUCUGGUGUUACAAAGGAGCAAUCGGAAAAGUGUAUCAUGCUUUAAAUCCCAAGCUAACUGUUAUAGUUCCAGAUGAUGAUCGCUCCCUAAUAAACCUGCAUCUCAUGCACACCAGUUACUUCCUUUUUGUGAUGGUGAUUACAAUGUUCUGCUAUGCAGUUAUUAAAGGCAGACCAAGCAAACUGAGGCAAAGCAAUACAGAAUUCUGCUCUGAAAAGGUUGCUUUGUCAGAAGCAUAAUCCAUCCUCUCCUUUUACCGAGAAUGACUGAGAACCGUAAUCAUUGCCUGCUGAACCCAGACUGGGUCUUGACACUCUGUGAAUACAUUAUCUUGCAAUGUUGGUUUAUUCCAACCAAAGACAUUUCAAGUGCCUGUAAUUGAUUUGUACAUAUUUAUAAAAGUAUAUUCAGAAUAGGUCAGAGGAUGCACUUGUUCCGCAUCGUAGUGCGGCCGGAAACCUUCAGUCUUUCCCUGUGGACAUAGCGGAAUGUUUGUGUAGAUAUGUUUAGUGAUAUGGCUACUUAUAGUCAGAGCAAGAUAUUUUUGUCUAGCUGCAUCUGGGCAGGUUAAGAUGCCUUUGCAAGUGUCUCAAACAAACCAAGAGAUCUUUGGUUGUUUUUUUUUUUUUUUGCCCAAUAUGUACAGUGUGUUUGAAACAGUAUGCACCUUUGAUAUAAUACUGCAUUUCCAAAGCCACCAAUCUACUACAUGACUUAAAUGUGUAUUUGUGUGGCCUAAUACUUUCUUCCAUUUGCUCCUUGCUUGCAAGAAAAGAUAUCAACAUUUUAGAAUUUUUUUCUUUUUUUUUUUUGAAAAAAAAAAAGAAACACAUAUUCACAUUUUAAUAGUGCUGUAUUUAGGACAAACUUGUGCUUUUAUUCAUAGUAAAAAAAUUAAGAAGUGAAGUCCCAUUUUAAACUGUUUCUUACUGAAAAGUACUGAUUGAUUUUUUUUUUAAUUUAUUUUUUGGGGUUUUUUUGGUUUUUUCAUUUGGCUUGCUGAAUGCCAGAGAACCAGUCAGCACAGAGACUAUCUGGAAAACUUUCCACUUGGCCUCCCAUCCGCACCCCUCAAGCCAGGAUUCUGUGUCUCUGCUGCAGAGCAGCUUUCUGUAAACUUCUUCUUUUUUUUUUUUUUUCUAGAAAGUGAAACUUAAUAAAAAGAUGUAUUGUAUUAACAGUCUGUCGGGGCUCUGCACAGCCUUGGGCAAGUGCAAAUAAUGAAAGGAAAAGAAAUCCCAUAGUCUGUUACAGAGCUUCACUUUGGGACUCUCCAUCCAUCUCAGAAGGGCAGCUAAAAUGACCCUUUGAUUGGCUUUGUCCCAUUCCCAUUUAAUGCUGUCCACUCAGGGGAAAAUGACAAGAAGAGUAGGGCUGUUGUGAUUAAGGUCAAAGAAACCACACAGUCAAACACUUUCUGUUCUCUGUGUCAAUUCUUAAAUCCGAGGUUUUAUUCUGUGCAUUUCUUCCCUUUCCCAUUCUGCCUUUUGCUGGUUUUCUUUCUGGCUCCUUAUUGAGUAGCCUCCUUGAUUUCAGGAGUCAGGGUCUUCCUGCAGACAUUUCCACCACUGCUUUUAAAAUCUCAACUGGUUGCCUUAAUUGACCUUUCAUCUUGUCUCUCAGCUUUCUCAUCAGUGUAACAGGUCUGCAUUCAUACCCACAGGCUUUUUUUUCCUCCUCCUUUUGCUCUAAACUACACAAAAGGAAAAAGCCAACUCACAAUCUCAUAGUCUCAACUAUGCUGGCAUAAAAUUCUCAGUUUGUUACCUACAGACACCGUUGAUUGGUAUCCACUGGGCUGUGUGUGGGACUUCAGUAACUUCACGAGUCUUAAGAGUGUUAGAAGUGAAAGAGUCACAGUUUUCUUCAGAACAUGUUUCCUUAUAGAGUUUCAGUUACUUAAGUAGUAUUAACUAACAUGUUUUCUCCAGGGAUGUUAAGGCAGAGCUUUAGACAUGGCCUAGUUUGAAGUCUAGGGAUAAAACGAAGCUUCCAGUUUUCUCCUGAUGCUGCUAUGGGCUAUUGCUGCUUCCCUGAAACGAGUCAGAGGAGUCAAACAGGUAGACAGCUUCUCCUGAAAACAGUUCCUAAUUCACCCAUGCCCAGCCUUCUGUGUUAAUACUGACUUUGAGAGUUGCCUACAAGGGUGGCUGAUCUGGGGACCAAAGGCAGGAAAUAGGAAAUGGAUUGGGGGGGGAGAGUUAUUUCUGGAAAUACCUAGAAAACACCCAGUGUAAUGUGACUCCUUUAGAAAAGCAAAGCCAAAUGCUUUCACAGAAUUAAGAAUCAAAACUCCAAAUGUCCAAAGUGGAAUUUGGUCUGCUGGGGAAAACAGAUUUGGUUUUUUAAUCUGUCUUUGCUAGUUGACAAUUAAAGGAGCCUCCUCGAAAACUUCUCACCCACUCUAUUGAAGCCCCCAGAAAUACUAAGAUUGUGACCCACAAAUGCAAAAGGGAAGAUGUUAGAGAGUUGUAUUUUUUGGCCUUAGUUUAUCCCUUUGCACCCCUGUAUUGCAGCAGAGAGGUGAGAGUGUCCCACCAGGUGGACGUGCUGUAAUACUGAGGAAUAUUGGAUUGUUCCUGGGCGUGGUGUACAAAGUUAAAUGCAGCCAAACAGAAGAGUUAAAACUUAAUAUUAAAGUUCAGAUCAUAUUGAUCUUUCCUUUUUUUGUUUUCUUUUUUCUUUUUAACUAUGACUUGAAUCAGUUUUGAUUCUAUUUGUACGUGUUUUCUUGUUCUUAGAAAGCUGCCGUUUUCUUUUGCGUUUUCUUUGGCAUUACAUAGAAAAUCUGAGCCUUGGUUUCAACCCUCUGCAGGUGAUUGUAGGGUUAAGAUGGCUGUUUUGUUUUGUUUUGUUCUUACAUUUCACUUGUCUUGUUGCAUGAUGGUUAAUAGCUGAUUUGGAAAUGACAUUUCUCUCCUAGAUUAAUUUUGUGUUUGUAAGAUGUGCAUAUUGCUUUGCAGAAUAAAAACUAUGAAGUUUA